ACAGGCCUCCGGGCGCGCAUGCGUGUUGGGUGGCGUGUGUGUUGGAGGGCGUCGCACGUACGUGGCUGGCGGGGACGCCGGCGUGUGGGGCAGCAGUUGGUUGGGGGCGGCGGGUGUCGGUGGUCGCGGGAGUGCAGGCGCUGUGGGCCGCGGGCCGAGGAGGGCCGAAUCGGAAUGGAGCGGUUACGUUGGCAAAUGGUGGCCGUGGCGACCCUGGGUCUGGCUCUGGCCCUGGAGGCGCUGCCCUCAGUGCUGCACUGGCUGCGGGCCGGGCGCCGGCAAGAGCGGCGAAGGCCGCCGCGGCGGGAGGUGCUCUUCUUCCCGUCGCAGGUGACCUGCACGGAGGCCCUGCUGCAGGCUCCCGGUGAGGGGCCGUCGGGCCCCCCGGCAGGCUGCCCCUGCAGCCUGCCCCACGGCGAGAGCUCGCUCAGCCGCCUGCUGCGCGCCCUUUUGGCCGCUCGCUCCAGCCUGGAGCUCUGCCUCUUUGCCUUCUCCAGCCCACAGUUGGGCCGUGCGGUGCAGCUGCUGCACCAGCGUGGGGUGCGCAUCCGGGUCAUCACUGACUGCGACUACAUGGCUCUGAACGGCUCACAGAUCGGCCUGCUACGAAAGGCAGGCAUCCAGGUGCGACACGACCAGGACCUGGGCUACAUGCAUCAUAAGUUCGCCAUUGUGGACAAGAAGGUGCUGAUCACCGGCUCCCUCAACUGGACCACGCAAGCCAUUCAAAACAACAGAGAGAACGUCCUGAUUAUGGAGGAUGAGGAGUAUGUGAGGCUUUUCCUGGAAGAAUUUGAGCGUAUUUGGGAAGAGUUUAAUCCGACCAAGUACACCUUUUUCCCGCAAAAGAAGCAGAGUCACUGAAGCUGUGCUCUCUCCUCUGUCUGCGGAGUUGGGGGGCGAGUGCUGUCCAGUAUCAAAACUUUUUGGUCCCGGGAGUGGAAAGCAGACCGAAGCUGCGGAGACUGGGGCUCCAGACUGGCCUGGGUCGCGCCCAGAGCUGCGGCCCCUGAGCGACAUCUCAGGAAGUCGCCGCGCACCCUCCAUUCUCGUCCACAGGGCACUAAAGCGAACUCAAGAGCAUUUGGGGUGACAAAGCACAGGGACAUCCCUGCCACACCGAUGCGUUGUCGCGGGCCCACUUGUUUCCUGCCCCAGGGCCCGUGUGGUCGCAGCUCGCCAGCUCCCACCCAGCAUGCAAGCUGACCCCCAGUCUGAUUCUAGAGACUCUCGUGCUUUGGCCAACCCCGGCAGCACCCCCACCAGUGGCUCCGGAAUGCUUUCUGCUUCUCCUGGUGGCCCGGCCGCUCCCAUCAGCACCGCUGGGCCCUGGCGUUGGCCAGAGGCGGGCAGCUCCUCCGUGGCUUCUUGGCGGGUUUGAGUCUGCAGAGGGAAAGGGGAGACGUCGGGGAGGAAAAAGGGCAGGAGGGGAGAGAGGGGCUGGGCGGGAGCGGGGAGCUGCCUUCCAGGCUCCCUCGUCAGCAUGGCUGGCCCCCCGCGUCGGGCAGGUGGUGCUCUUACCCGGGUCUCCUUGAGUGAUGACCCUUUACUACAAAUAUACCUGAAGAUGUUCAUGCUCUGCCACUUCCCCUUUGUGCUCACUGCGGUCAAGUACAAGGUCUACCAGCGAGGACUGCGAGUGGCCAGAAGCUGCUUCUGUUUCCUUUCCUUAUGCCUUUGUCCACAUUCUCGAAUUCAAGUUGAUUUGGUGUGCUUCGAAGUGACCUUGAGUGUAAUACCCAUGAACUUGACUCACUGGCAGUUUUGGUUCAGCAUAAUCCUGAGUUACCUGACCAUCUGGAGGAGUUAACUAGGAGGGAGGCCAGUGUUGGGCGCGGCGCCCCACAGAUGUGUUCUUACUGUUGGCUCUGGGAUUUGCUCUCACUGGUAAUUAGAAUAGCUACCUAUGGACAUUUGUGAAAAGUUAGAUUGUUUUUUCGUAACAUGUACCUUUAUUUAUAGAUAGCUCAAGUGGGCCCUGGUGGUUUUGCCAUCUUGUCAUUUGUAUCAGUGAUACGGUGUGUGACUUGUCCUGAUGACUCCUGGUGUGCUCACGCCUGCCGAGCCACCUGCACAGAGCGGUCACGCUGCAUGUUGUUGCCCAUCGAAAGUAAUCCGUGACUUACUGUGUUGGGCAAGUAAACCUCAAGUUAAUUUUUCUGAUGUAACCGAAGCUAUAAAAUACAUAGAUCGGAAAUGAGAAAUGCUUGGACACUGAAAGUGUUUUUUUCACCUGUCUUUUCCCGCACUGUGUGUUCUGAAGGGAGAGCAGAAGUUGUAUCCUGUGUUGUGAAUGAUGAAGCCGGGCUGUCCUGGACUUCUGGCACACUUAAAUAAAUAUGUUCUUGUU